AUGGGUGAAAAACUUUCACAGUUCUGGAAAGCAUCUGACCAAAAGGAGAAUGAGGGCAAGCUGAUCUUACCCAGACCAAAGGGUGCCGAGGACGAGAUCGCCGGCUAUGCUAGUAUCAACGGGGAAGACCCUGCUGUGUCCUGUGCGGGAAGUCGAAGCUGCGUCAACUGCCCGACGUGUCAGGGAACUGGGAGGAUCCCCAGGGUCUCUUAUCUGCUGCUACCUCUUUCAGAGCAAGAGAAGCAGCUGGUAGCUCUGAUUCCGUACGGUGACCAGAGGCUGAAGCCUCGACGAACGAAGCUCUAUGUGUGUCUUGCUGUGACCACCUGCCUGCUGAUGACGUCUCUCGGCGUCUUCUUCCUCUUUCCUCGCUCCAUCACCGUGCUGCCGGCAGGGCUGAAUGCCUCCUCCAUUGGCUUCAAUGCCACCACCACCAGUAUUUCCCUCAACAUGACAAAUGUGCUGAACAUAACUAAUAACAACUUCUACCCAGUCACUGUUGUGCAGCUGGACAUAGAAGUUUUACACCAGUCCCUGGUAAUAGGGAAGACCACCAUGAAAACCUUGCUGAAUAUCAGUCCUUUGCAGAGUAGCCAGGUGUAUUAUAUGGUGGCCAGUAGACUAUUGGACAGCAAUACCUAUAACAUCUGCACCUGGACAAAAAUCAAAGUGCACAAUGUCCUGCUGCACAUACAGGGCACUCUGACCUGCACGUACCUGUGCCACUCGGAGCAGCUGGCCUUUGAAAACUACCAGUACGUGGACUGCCGUGGCAAUGCCACGCUACCGCCCCUGCUGCAGCGCCCGCUGUGA